AAUGGUAGAAGAAUCCUUAAAACGUUUCAAUCAAUUUCUUCUUAACGAUGUCGAAUUUUUAUCGAAUCAGAAUAGUGAAGAGGGAAAAUUAAAUCCUGUUGUUACAGUAGGUGUUCAAUAUAAGAGAAUUGUUGGAUUAGGUGAUAUAAUCGAAUUAUGGCGAAAAAUCAAUCCUUCUCUGUUAGGAGAAAAGAAAGAAACAAUAUCCCAGAUUAUAGAGUCAGGGGAUAUAUUCAACUUGUUAAAAUUACCUUAUAGAGAAUUAGACGGUCUACUUAUAGCUCUCAAUGCGAUUAGAACGAGAAAAGAUAACCGUCUGUUCUAUAGUCAUUUGGAAAUAUUAUUGAGAAUAGUCGAUUUAUUUUGCGAACAAAACACUCUGACAUUAGCAGAUGAAUGUCUAAGAGAAGCUGAACAAUUAAUUGAGACAAAAAAGUCGAUAAGAGAAGUUACCCAAAUAAAAUUCUCCCUGACAAAAGCUAAUCUAGAAUUUUACAAGGGAAACAAUGAAGCAGCUUAUAAAAUAAUAAAAAAUAUAAGCCAAAGGUACAAGGAUAGUUUCUGGGAAAACUUGGUAACUUUACCACUUCAAAUUCGGCUUUAUUUAUUAAACGCCAAGAUUGUUACACUCAGGAGGGAAGGAACUGAAACAAAAAGUUGUUAUUUGGAUAAAAGCGUUUCAAAGUGCUUACAAUUGGUUAAGCUAUGCUUUAAAAAGGAUAAAACUUCUUAUCGGAUGUUAAUUAAAAGAGAGGAAAAGUAUAGAAUAUUCUCACUAAGCCUUGCUUGUUUGAGAGAUUAUAUAAAGUGGAUGAUAAAUACUGGUAACAUUCGAUACACCGAAGCCUAUUUAACAGAAGCUGUUUCUCUAUCGACAUCUCUCUGUUUACCCUUAUGGUUAGCCGAAUUUUUGAAUUUAAGAGUGAAAUUUGAACUUUUUGCUCAUCGCUUUAAAUCAGCUACGAUAACUUUGCGUCAGUUGGAAUAUACUUUUACAACUGAUUCUAUUUCAAACGUUAAAUCAGAGAAGAGUCCAAAUAACAAUGCAAAUAUCAGUUCCAAUAGCGAUUUAGCCGUAAGGAAUCAACCUCUAGACGAAUAUGAUCAAGAGGAUAGUUCUCAGUCAGAAAUUGAAGAAAUAUCUGUAAUAUCUCGACCGAAGAUUUUUAAACCAGAUUACCUCAAUCAUGAUUCAUGCUGCUGUAAUCCAUGUUGCGACGUAUUUCUCCAAUCUGUCUUAUUAAACUAUUACUACAAUAAAGUAGAAUUUUCAAUUAAGAAGUUGAAAAAAAGAGAAGUUCUUUCAUACUUACAGCCUCUAGCUAUGAUCUUCCAUUCGACAACUACAAAAGGCGUAGAAAUUAUGAAAUCUGUAUUAGACAAAGCUAAUAAAUACGACAAUAUUGAAUUUCAUUCGUCAAUUUCAACGCUAAUGUAUCACGAAAGUCUGAUAAAACUAAACCUAUUACAUUUAAAGACAGCUUGGCUCUUUCGAAAUGCAAAACGCUUUAAAAGUUAUAUACGUAGAACAGAGAAGCUAGUCAAACUUCAAAAAUAUACCUUUCUGCUAUGUAAUGAAUACGAAGGGGAAGCGUUAUAUUAUAAGGCAAUUGCAGUGUUCCCGGAAUUAAAACCCCUGAGAAUAGAGACACUGGAGAGAAAUAUAAUAAAAGAAGAAAACUUCAAACGACUUUUAUCACCAACGCUUAACAGAUUGAGAACCAAUGCACAACCAAAACGACCUAGAACACCGAAAACAACAAAUCUAGAUAGAAUCGAAAAGGUUACGUGUAAUAUGAAAAGAGAAAUAAAGGAGGAAAUGACUUUUAACGUCGAUUUAGAUAAUGACGAUUUUCUUCCUAGUCCUAUUUUGGGAUACAAGAAAAAACAGAGUGAAAGAAAGAGACGCCGUCUACAAAACUUUAAAGAGGACAAGAGUCAGCCAAUGAAACACGAUAAGGACCCUGAAAAAGCCCGGAGUGAAUCAGAUUUGACAGACGAUGUUCUGGAAACGUCACCUGAAACUACCAUAUCGGUUACAGAUUCUUCUAAAAACGGUACAAAAUAA